CUGAGACUCCAUUCCAACGACCAUGUCUUUUAGAAAGAUCGACAUCGACGCUUAUGACGAGGAUGUCCUACUGGAGGGCGAGCUUUGCGAGCCAGAUCCACGCGAUCCCGCUCAAGUCUUGAGUGAUGCGAAGCAGAAACAGGCAGCAGUCCGGAGCACGUUAGCCAGGGGGGACAUACCAGGGGCGCUGGGAAUCGCGCUGGACAGUAUACCUUAUGGGCCAAAUGUCGAGGAAGCUAAGAACCUGACGUUGCAGACCGUUGUCUCGAUACUGAAUAGCACGAAAUCAUCGGAUAUAAUCAGCGUCGUGAAAGCGCUCUCCCAGGAUGCUCAGGACACAUUGAUGAAGUACCUUUACAAGGGUAUGGGGAUGCCAGGCUGGGGUGAUGUGAGCGGCAGCGUGCUCUUGGGGUGGCAUGAGAAGUUGACAGAAGUUGCCGGCACAGGCUGUAUUGUACGAGUAAUGACUGAUCGAAGAAUUGUAUAAAUGAGCAUGCCCCCGCAGUUACUAAUGGAUCAUGCACAUCUCCAGUACACAGCAGGAUAAACACAAAUACUUCAGCAUUCUGAUUGAUAUGGAGGUACAUGACACUGCAGCAAGACGUAUAACGUUUCAGAUCCACUACGAAUUCAACUACAAAUAGAUUCACAAAACAUCAUGAUGAAGACCAGUGUUGACACAAUCGCUGUUGAACUAUACAGACCUGAAGCUCAUUCCAGAAAAUCCCCCUCGGUCAG